AUGAAUAAUAUAAAAUCAAUAAAUAGUAUCACAUAUACAUUCACUAUAAAUAUAUUAGAUGAAAAUGAUAAUAUACCAUUAUGUAUAUAUCCUAUUUAUAAUAGUAUUAUUGGUGAUUAUGAUCCAGAUCAAGAACAGGAUCUAGAUCAAGAUCAUUCUGAUCAUGAUCCCGAUCCAGAUCAUUCCAUAAUGAUUUAUACAGAUACACCAAUUUAUACAUUCGUUAUACAAAUCAAGGGUUAUGAUCCAGAUCAUGGCUUAAACGGUACUAUAUUGUAUCAAUUAAAUCCAUUGACUAAUGGUAGUCAAUAUUUUUAUUUAAAUGAAUCUAAUGGUAAAUUAUAUACAAAUUGGUUCAUUGAUUCAGCAUAUGAUUCCACAAUGAUUAAUAUGGAUACGAAUCCAUCAUACGAUGCACCUAUUGAAGGGAUCUAUCAUAUCAAGAUAUCACUUAAAGAUAUGGGUAUACCAUCUUUAUCAUCAAAUGAAACACAAUUUUUUAUUAAAAUUCAUUCAUUUAAUCAAUCCAUAAUCAAUAAUCAAUCGAUAAUCGAUUCGAAUCAUAAAACAAUGAAAUUUUGUUGUUUAUCAACCAAUAAAAAAUAUCAAUAUUCAUCGAAAAUCGAUAAUAAUCAAUCAAUUUGGCCGGAUACAAAUAUCAUUCAUCAAUCAAUAAAUGAUCAUCUAAAUGUCAAUACUACUAGUAGUAGUAAUACUACUAUUGAUACUACUUAUAAUGAUCCGUUUGAUUACAUAAAUCAUUUACAUACAAGUCCAAUCUGUUCAUUACCUUUCUCAUAUGACACCGGACAAAAAUAUACUUCAUUAAAUACAUCAAAUCUACCAACUAAUCCUUUGAAUAGUUCUAUGAAUGGGACAUUGACAAAUGAUCAUCUUAAUCAUGAUGUAUAUUUACAAUCAUCAUUACAUAGAACAAUUAGAAAUUCUAUUGUUUAUCCAACAAAUACGAACUCAUAUUUAUCACCUAUAUAUGAUCAUAGUUAUUAUGAUGAUCAAUAUCAAAAUCAACAAAGAAAUAUGAAAUUCUAA